AUGGCGGCCGGACUCCCACCCAACUUCCAACUCAUCGUCGUCGGCACCGGCUUGCCUGAGUCCAUCAUAGCAGCCGCGUGUUCCUGGAGUGGGCAGAGGGUCCUUCAUGUCGAUUCAAAAAUCCUCAAAAAUCUCCAGAACUACAAUGGAGGGAACUGGGCCAGUUUCAGUUUUUCGGGCCUGUUGUCAUGGCUGAAGGAAUUCCAGGAGAAGAGCAACCGGGGUGAAGAAAGGGCCGCCUGGCAGGAUCUUCUCCUUGAAACAAAAGAAGACAUUGCUCUGAACCAAAAGGAUGAAACCAUUCAACAUAUUUUCUCCUGGGUAGAAUACCAGAAACUGAAUGAGACUUCUCUGGCUUUAGGCUACGGCAUGAGGCAACAUUUAGAAUAUAUGUUGAAAAUAGAGAGAGGAGGUACCCCGCCAAUCACAAAGAACGGCAGAUCUUUUUUAAAGGACUCAAAUGCUGGUUUAGAGAAUUAG